AUGGUGUUGAAAUUCAAAAUGGAAAAGGCUCCAGAAAAGCUGACAGCGGGGCUGAUGGAAAAUCUCAAGCAGUAUAUGAUCGAAGAUCAACGACGUAUCAAGAGACUGGAGGAGGCGAGGCAGCAGUUGUUCGAAGGCCUAAAAGUUGACUAUCAGAAACUUUUGGAGAAUCUCACAAAAACAUACGAAGCAAUCAAGUUUGAAAAUAAAAACCUGAAGGCGGAUCGCAACAAGGAGCUGGAGAAGCUUCGGAAAGAAAACUCAAUCUUGCAUGAGAAGUCAUCGACUCUUGACCAAGAAGCAACUGAAUUACGGGAGGAAAUUCAGUUAUUGAACUCUAAAUCAGUAAAGGACAAAUUGCAACUACUACCGGAAGUUGUGGUUGGACAUGCGGAGGAGCUGGAAUUUAUUAUACGCCACCAAUGCCAUAUAAUAGCUUACGAGAAGGUACCCAAGACUUAUGACACAAUCAACAGAAGGGAGGAAGAAGAAGAUGAAAAUAAGCCUUCUACCAGGCUCAAAUUCGCGUUCAAACCCCUGCAAGGCGAAUCAUCUUGGGACAUCACGACUUACCCAUAUAUGUCAGAAGGUGCGCAGAAGCUGUGCAAGGUCAUGAAGAAGAUUCGCGUGAGCAACGCCAUUCUUCGCGCAAGAUGUCAAUGGUAUUGGAACGAACUUCAUCAGGCAGAGAAAACUAAGAAAAAGAGCUUAGUGUCUUUGCUGGAAACGGAGAAAUCCGCAAUCAUGUUCGAAGCAGAGACAUUUGAUCUCAAGAAUCGAAUAAGAGAGCUUGAGAAGUCUUUGAAUAUCAAGAAGCGUCCCCCUGGAGUUCGCGCUGUAAAUAGGGAAAAGGAAGUCAUGCAGGAGAGAUUUGGCGUCUUAGAGUUGACGAUAAGCGAGCUUAAGGAUGAAGUAUACAGUUUGAAGGAAGAAAAUAGCAAGCUUCUUGAAAGAAAGGAAGCACUACUUAAGAACUCAGCGACAGGAGAAUUGCGCCAGACUGCCAAGAUUGAAGAAGCACUUUGUGAAGAGCAAUCGAAGACCAAGAGGCUUAGUUCCCAGAUACAAGAGCUACAAGAAAAAGUCAAAGCGCUUGAGGAGGAGCGUGCCAUGGUAGAGCCCCUCAUUGAGGUUGGAGUCGCAGUCAGAAAAAGGUUUUUUGAACAAGCUAAAUAUACAGUCUCAUCGGAUGAAAUAUUCAGUCGUGUCGAUUACAAGAUCAUUAAAGAGGGAAACGAUCGCUGCCAUCGAGCAUAUUGCUUGACUGACGCAGCUCUUUUUAAACUUUUCUAUCUAUCAGGGUCCACCAAUGAGGCUCUUUACAACAAAAUCUACAAUGUUAAUUCACACGCAGAUGUCAUGGACUUUCCGGUAAAGUUAUGCCAGGCAUUAGACAGUAAAGCUAGUAUCAAAACUCAAUUGUUCUCUUUAAUCAUUGAUUGUUAUAUUGCAAAUCCGCAAGAAGAUAUAUUUGAUGCAAAUGAGGAAGUUACAAGCUGGCUAUCUAAAUUAAAAGAUCUUGAGGAACAGAUUGUAAGAAUUGGUAGAAGAAUUGAGUAUCAUGGUUAUGUCAAGAAUACUACUCAUGAAGAUGAAACCAGUCAAGCUGGGGAUUGGGAUGAAGACGCUGGGGAAGCCUGGUGA